GAUUUGUGACUGAACCUGGGUUCACGGUUGGGAAACAGGAAGUACAUGGUGGUGUGGAGAGUGUACGGUUUUUGAUGAAAUCGGUAUUAUUGACGGUCCAGAUGAUUUGCCAGAUGUCUUUGUAAAGGAAGCGCUGUGUGGAGAAGUGUUAGAUAUGCGCUAAACAAUUUUCUUAGCCGAGUAGCUAACUAGCUUUGAGGUGUGGAGGUGAACUGGGCAUACAGUGUGUGUGUGGCUGACCUGAGGGAGUCAGCAUGGGAGCGGAGAGCAGUGGGCUGAGAGGCUGUGUGCUCGAACAGCCAUCAGUCACGCUACCUUCAGGCCUCACCAUGUACUCUGCUGUGCUGCAGGAUGGAAAACCAGCCUCUGUGUUCGUCUACAAGCAGGGCAGUGAAGACAAAGUCAACAAAGCUGCCAAGCACCUGAAAACUCUGAGACAUCCGUGUUUGCUGCGCUUCCUGUCGUGCUCCGUGCAGGAUGGAGGCAUACACCUGGUGACGGAGAGGGUGCAGCCUCUGGAGCUGCUGCUGGACAGUCUCACACCUGAGGAGAUCUGCGCUGGCGUCUAUGAUCUUCUGCAGGCUCUGGUCUUCCUCCAUGACAGGGGAAAAUCAACCCACAACAAUGUGUGCAUGUCGUCUGUAUUCGUUAGUGAUGAUGGACACUGGAAGCUCGGUGGGAUGGAAACGGUUUGCAAAUUUUCCGAAGCAACACCAGAGUUUCUGUCCAGUGUUCAGGCAGUGAGAGAGAGCAGCGCCAUGCCUCCUGAGGAGAAGCUCAGUGGAUUCAAAACGCUUCCCGAAAAACAUGCCCACGCACGGGAUGCGUUCUCUUUUGGCGUGCUGGUGGAGGCUCUCAUCCCCUUGCUGAACAGUUACGUGUCAGACGAGCUGCUGGAGAGUCUGAGGAGCACACUGCAGGUCAGCCUGUUAACCUCUGACCCCACGGUGCGGCCGCCUCUCAGCAGUCUACUGACUCAUGAGUUUUUCAGUAGGAAUGACUUUCUGGACAUCACGAACUUUCUGAAGAGUUUAACUUUAAAAUCCGAGGAGGAAAAGCACGAGUUUUUUAAAUUUCUGCUGGACCGAGUUCACAGCCUUCCUGAAGAACUAAUUGCUGCUCGUCUGGCUCCUAAACUUUUAAAUUCUCUGGUGUUUGCUGAACCCACUGCUGUGAAAAGCUUCCUGCCCCAUCUGUUACAGCCCAAAAAGGAUCCUGCUGUACGAGUGGAGGAGGAGUGUCUGCUGUCGGUGCCUCUGUACCGGAGAUACGUGGUGCCGCAGCUCCUGAAGCUCUUUAAAGUGAACGAGGAGCAUGUCCGCAUGGUGCUGCUCUCCAACAUCCACAUAUAUGCCGAGUUCUUCUCACAUGACGAGCUCAAGAACCAGAUCCUACCUCAGGUGUUGCUAGGAAUGAGAGACACCAAUGACACUCUGGUUGCCAUGACGCUGCAAAGCCUGGCAUUCCUGGUGCCGUUACUGGGAGCUCAGGUGGUGGUGGGAGGCGAGAGGACCAAAGUCUUCAAACGUACCACACCAAACUUCAGCAAGUCCACAGAAGUUACACCUGAAAACUCACCGGUUCAUAUUGCUGGAGCAUCUUUGCCUCACAGUUUUCAACCCUCCAAGGUUGCAAGUCUGUUGCCUAAGCGCUUGGAAGGAGGAGAGCUUGUUCUGGAGAAGCUGAACUCUCUCCAGUUGGUCAGAAGAGAUGUUGCUGCCCUGCUGCCCUCUACAUCAAAGACAGCACUGCACAGAAAUGAAGCUCUUCCCUUGAAUGGCUUUAGCCAAGAGAAAGAGGGAGAGAAUAGCAUCAGAACAGAUAGAUCAGACGAGGACUGGCCCGACUGGGAGGACGCGGGGGAGAAAUCUGUCAAAUACCAGCCUGUACAAAUUAGCAUACAGCCUGCAGACAGUGACUCAGAAUUACCAGCCGCUGCUGAAUAUAAUGAGGAGGAACCCUGGGACGAUUUUGAAGAUUCUGAGGUCAUCUCCACACAAUCCACUACCACUACUACACCUCAGCCAGUCCUGUCGUCAAAACCCAUAGGUGACGGUGCCAUAGGACCUGUAUCUCCUGUAUCUGUACCACCUUCUAGACCUGCCGGAGAGUCUAAAGCACUCAAACUGAGCACUGCUUCAGUAAAAAUUGCUUCUGAGCAGAAAAGUGUGUCUUCAGAUACAAACUGGGAGCAGAGCAUGAAAGAUAUCAGGCCCAGCAAACGAGGUUUAGCUACAGAAGCCAAACCUAAAAAUGGAUACAGGAGUGCAGGAGCUGGAGGACUGGGAGAAGAGUUCACCAUUGAGGUGAAAAAGAAACCAGACAGAGAUCCAGAGCUGGACCUCUUCGCUGACAUGGUACCAGACAUAAAACUGUCUUCAGCUAGCAUGUUCUUACCCAUAGGGACUUCAUUCAGCAAGCCUGAAAGACAUCCAACAGUAUCUCACACUGAACCAGACACUACACUGGAUCUGACAGCCAAGUUUGCUGCUGUAGACAUGACUGAGACCGAUGCGGAGGGCUGGGGUGACAGUGAUAUCAACUGGGAAGACGAGAACAACUGGUCAUGAUCACUGGAAUGGUCAACCAAAGGCUGUGCACAAGGAGUCAUUUUCUAAGACAGUACAUAUGUAAAAAUAUAUGAUUUGGAAACCAUUGUGAGCAUUGUAGGCAGUUGAAGUGCCUCUUAACACUAGUGUAAGUACAGAACUGUAGCUUUAGUGCUACUAAUUUGGACAGCAUUGCAUUUAUGGGUAUUCUAAAUCUAUCACUUUACACUGCAUCGUUCUAUUAGGGUUACUUUUUCCAGCUCUUAUUUUAAUUGCAUAAGAGAGCAACCAAGCCAUAAUGGAAGAUAUGAGUGUAAUUUAUUCUACAGGAUGUGAUCUCUCGUCUGUCUGUGGUAUCCAUGGUUUAUUAAUCGACAACCAACACCUUGAUGUAAUAACUGGCAUGCUAUAAUCUUGAGAAUGAAUACAAUCAUGUUAGUAAUGAACGGCUCUAAUUUGAUAAAAAUCAGGCAUUAAAUAGUGUAUCAUGCGAUUUGCAGUCAGGGCUGAGAUGUUUGAGACUGGUCUCUCUGAUCUGCACCAAGAAUGAAACUAUUAAUGAUGAAGUAUUUGUGUCUUGGUCUAUUUGCCUCUCAUAGUCUUUUGGGGAACCUCUCUGUGUAGCUCUUUGCCAAAUCCUGACAACAAUGUAGCAUCCAGCUGAAUGCUGAAGGCAUUUUCACUGGAUGUCCCUGUGCUGCAUUUGUCUUCAGUUUAGGGGUUUUAUUUGUGCCAUCAGUGGAUCUUAGUUCUGCUUGUCUUACAAGGAGCCUUAUAGGAGAGGCAGUUUCAACACAGACAUAUCUGUAUAGUAUAUUGUUUAUAUAGAGUACACACAGACAUUUUAUUAUUUUGUUUUAGUGCUGGGGUUUUGCUCAAGUGAAAGAGAAACAUAUUUAUUUGUAUUGUCAGAUGCUGAUGAAAUAAAAAAAGAGGUUUUAUGGUUU